AUGUCGAUCGGGUCAGCCUUUCGCUCUUUUUGGCAUACUAUGACCAGCUAUGACCGACAUUCUACCUACGAUUCCCCCCAUCGAUCGGGUCGCCAUAUGCCACUUAACCGGCAAAACACUCUGACGUCGGUCGCGACUGCUUCAGACUCCCGAGCCGAUAUCAACUCUCCAUACAUCGACGAGCUGGGCCGGUUUACUAGUCCGAUGGACGGUACGGCAUACAUGGGCGCCGGCAUGCCAUCGGCUUCUCCUCUCUCCCCUGGCUCCAAUGGGCCGUAUUCUCCUGGCUUGAGAUCUCUCAACGCCCAGCGCCUGGGUCCCAAAGAUGACGGCUUUGAAACCGUGAGCACACCGGGUGAGAUCCCCAUGCAGUCUUUCGCCGACGGCCUUCCUCCGGCACCUCCUGUGGGUCACUCGUGGAAACGGAUAGAUCGAUGGGCAGAAGAGAAUUACCCGGAGCUAUACGAUCAGCUUUGCGAGGGCUGCACGGACAACGACCUGAACGAGCUAGAGCAUCAACUGGAUGCCUCAUUGCCGCAGGACGUUAGAGACUCCCUGACGAUCCAUGACGGUCAAGAGCGUGGUGGUAACCCGACUGGCAUCAUCUUCAGCUGCAUGCUGCUUGACUGCGAGGAGAUCGUGCAAGAGUGGGACCAGUGGCGGAGAGUGAACCAGCAAUAUCUAAUCGAGACCACCGUUGUGAAGCCUGCCGUGCCUUCGAAGGCGUUCGGCGGUAGCAACCAGGCCUCCUCUUCCAGAUCCGCCGGCUCGCCCAGCUCACAGAAAGAGUCGUGGAAGCAAGACCUCCAGUCCCGCCAAGAGUCUGUUCCUGCUGGAGCUGUCCAACGAGCCUACGCGCACCCUGCGUGGAUUCCUCUCGUGCGAGACUGGGGUGGCAACAACCUGGCUAUUGACUUGGCGCCGGGGCCGAGCGGCACUUGGGGGCAGGUCAUCCUAUUUGGACGCGAUUACGAUACCAAAUACGUUGUGGCGAAAUCAUGGGGGGCGUUCUUGGCUAUACUCGCCGAUGAUAUGAACAGCGGCAAGUGGUACGUCGACGAUGAUACCGGUGAGCUCAAGCUGCGUGAGUUUAAGUCGACUCGCGUUGAGCCACCGUACUUCGACAUUCUGCGAUGGCGUAUGGACCAGAAACAUGGCCGAACAGCUAAAUCUGCUGCCAAGCGGAAGUCCAAUAUCACUGGUGGCGCAACUUCGCCUGGUAGUUCGCCCUAUGCAAGUCCCGCCGACGCCAAUGGCGAAGCUCGGGGCCGUUCGUUGCACCGACUGAGCAGCCCGUCGCCGCUAGUGAGUCCCGCUCGUCCUGGAUUCGGAAGAUCAAGCCCGCUUGCGAAAGUCACGGAGGAGGGUGGGUUUCCAGAGCCUACGAUUGUUGCCAAUGGUAUCAAACAGCCCAGGCUCGUCGAGGUCGAGACGCCGCUAUCAAGUAGCGAUACCCAAGCUCCUAAGUUUCCCACUGGAGCAGAAACCCAAGGCAAAGAACCAUCGUCCUCGAAGGGCGAGAAUGGACUGCUCAACGGCCACUCGGACGAGCUGGAGGAGGCGAUGAAGACUAUAGAGAUCUGA